GCUGACAGGUGGGCUACUGCCCCUGUUUGACAAAUGAACUUGAGAUUCAGAGCGGUCAGGUCACUUGCCUGAGGGCACUCAGCCCAAGUCCCUCCUUAACCCAGGCUGUAAUAAACUCAAGGUUGCCGGGCAUCUAGGGGGCAGGCGGUGAGGAUGGGGUGGUGGGCCCUCCCGCGAGCUGCGCUCCCGUUAACUGGACCAUGUGCCCACAGGAUGUGGUCCAGCCUCAGCGAAUGGUUUUGGCAGGAGAGGCUGUGGCUGCCACCCAACAACUCGUGGGCUGCCCUGGAGGACCGGGAUGGCCUGGUCUACGCCCACCCCCGGGAUAUGCUGGCAGCCCUGCCCCUGGCGCUGGCCCUGGUGGUCAUGCGCUUCGUCUUCGAGAGAUUUGUUGGCAUGCCCCUGAGCCGGUUGCUAGGUGUGCGCAAUCAUGCCAGGAGGCUGGUGAAGCCCAAUGCCACUCUGGAGAAGUACUUCGUCACAGAAGGGUGGAAGCCCAAGGAGCCCCAGAUGGCCCUCCUGGCGGCCCAGUGUGGCCUCACACUGCAGCAGACCCAGCGCUGGUUCCGGAGGCGCCGGAACCAGGACCGGCCCUGCCUGACCAAGAAGUUCUGCGAGGCCAGCUGGAGGUUUGCUUUCUACCUGUGCUCCUUCUUUGGUGGCUUGUCCAUCCUCUACCACGAGUCAUGGCUGUGGACACCGGCAAUGUGCUGGGACAGUUACCCAAAUCAGCCCCUGAAACCGGCCCUGUAUUAUUGGUACCUCCUGGAGCUGAGUUUCUACGUCUCACUGCUGAUCACGCUGCCUUUUGAUGUCAAGCGUAAGGAUUUCAAGGAGCAGGUGGCACACCACUUCGUGACCAUCAUCCUGAUCAUGUUCUCCUACAGCGCAAACCUGCUGCGCAUCGGGUCCCUGGUGCUGCUGCUGCAUGACGCCUCCGACUACCUCCUGGAGGCCGGUAAGAUGUUCAAUUACACGCACAGGCGGAAAGUGUGCGACGCCCUCUUCAUCAUCUUCUCCUUGGUCUUCUUCUAUACUCGCCUCGUGCUCUUCCCUACGCAGAUCCUCUAUACCACGUACUACGAGUCCAUUGCCGAGUGGAGCCCCUUCUUUGGCUACUACUUCUUCAACGUCCUGCUGAUGGUGCUGCAGCUGCUGCACGUGUUCUGGUCUUGCCUCAUCCUCCGCAUGCUCUACAGCUUCCUGAAGAAGGGCCGGAUGGAGAAGGACGUCCGCAGCGACGUGGAGGAGUCCGAUUCGAGCGAGGGGGAGGCGGUCCAGGAGCACGUGCCGCUGAAGAACGGCGCUGCUCACAGGGCCGGGGCAGCCCCCACGGACGGCCCUCGGAGCCGGCUGGCCGGGCGGCUGGCCAACGGGCACACGCCGGCCACGUAGCCAGCUGAGGACUGGCCUCGAGGGCCGGCCCCCAGUGCCCCGUGGCUGGGAUGUGUGGGGCGGCUGGACCGGUGGCCCUGGGGCCAGCUCUGGAGACAGGGACGGCCCUCCCCCGGGGGAGGCGGGGCGAGGGCUAAUGAUCUCUCUCCAGCCCCUUCCUUUUGCCCGCCCUUCCCUUCUCCCUUCCCUUCCCUUGGGCAGCUGGACAGAGCUGGGGAGGGCGCUCAGCAGGCCGCCACUGCGGCCUGCCAGAACCAGCUCCGGGCCAGAAGGAGUCCAAUAAAACGAACGGAGCCAAAUUCUCUGAGAGCUUAUGUCCCUGUUAGAGUUCCUCGUCCAACCCCGGAGGCCCCGAGGGGACUCUAAUUCCAUAUCCUACUGAUGAGACCCUCAUCUUCACCCCAAGACACAUGCCCACCCCCAGGGGACUCAGCAGGCAGUGCGUCGAGACCCCCCCCCCCAGGUGAGUCCCUGGCUCCCAGCCAAGACUAGAGCCACGCCACCUCUUUCCAACCGGGGCCGCCCUGGGCCAGCCACUCACAGACCCAGCUUAAAGGGGAGAAGGCCCUAGGCUCACCCAAGUCAGGCUGGGCAGCCCCUGCUCGAGGCUGGCAGAAUCCCAGGGCCUCCGUGGAGACACUGAAAUGGGGCCCAGGGGAUGAGUUCCAGUGGGCUCCCCCAGGAUCAGCCUGGGUGAGGUCACCACCUCUGCAGGAGCUCUGCGGGAAGGUGUUGAGGGUCCGGGAAUCACACUACAAGCGCCCCCGCCGUGCAGGGCCAGAUGUGCUGCCCCCGGGGGCACCAAAGAGGAGAAGAGGCCUGGGAUCCAGAGGUGGCAGAGGACAGGGACACGGGGGAGAGGAAGUGUGUGAAAGGCCAGGUCAUUGAGAGCGAGAAAGGAGAGAGAAAGGACCCUAGAGGGGCAGAGGUGGAAGAGGAAGGGGGCGGUAGGAGGGUGGGGGAAGGGGAGGAGACCACCAAGCUGGGCCCUGGGGCGGGCAGUGGGGGGCAGGAAGCGGGGCAGGGGUAUGGAUCUGGUCGAUCUGCUCAGCAAAAGGGACGAGAAAGGCCCUGCUUUGUUGCCCCUUGGGAGAGACAACAGGAAGAGGGACUGGAAGGACAGGGAAGGGGGCGCAAAUAGGAGCUGCAGGUGGCACAGGAACAAGCAAGCACACAGGAGGCGAGAAAGGAGAGACACUGAGGGGUCGGAGAAAGAGGCGCCAGGAGAGGAGGCAGGCAGCGUGAGCCGGGCGGGGCUAUGGGGAGCUGGAGAGAUGUUCAAGACUAGAUGGAAAGACCUGGAGGGAAGAGAAAGGAGAGAACAAGAACCAAAGCAGGAGGGGUCCCUGGGUGGCUCAGUCGGUUAAGCG